AUGGAUCCCGAUAUGUACUUUGCACAAGUUCUCCAAGAUACACCGUCUUGCUCCACAUUCGAUAGCUAUAUAUCCGACCCAAAGAAAUCGUCCAUCAAUGAUACCCUAAGCUGCGUUUAUGGUGGGCCAAAAGCACCUAGUGAUCAAAAUCCUCAGUCUUAUUUCUCGGCCAAUGAUAUCAUUCCUUCAAAAGGCAUGACCUCCAUGCAGCUAUAUCAGACCUACCUGUCUCACGACCCCGUCAUGGACCAACAUCUCCAAGCCAUAUCAUGUUACUACAACACACAACAAAUGAACGACUGGUUUCUAGGGAGUGAAUCCGCUGGCAGCCUCUACCAAUCCAUCACCCCCAACCCCACCGGGCCCACGUUUGGCCUUGUGCCGACAAUGAUAAGCCAAGAAACACAGCUUUCUUUUGACGGGAAUACAAUCGCCGACACGCAACAAUGCUUAUCUCCACUUCCUAUGCACUUCGCAUACGACAGCUCCCUCGCUCCACCCACCCCAGCAGCAUCCUCCCUCGACACAUCCAUGAGCAGUAUCUCAUCACCCCCAGCCCUCUCUAAUGUCGAAGUCUCCUCGCCCCCCGUCUCCGCCUGCAACCAAGCCCGUCUGGCGCAAUAUGGUAUUCUCGACGAUGACGGGCUCUGGCGUUGCGCUCACCUGGGGUGCACCUCGGAGGCUCGCUUCCGGAGAGGCUGUGACUUGCGGAAACAUUUCAACAGACACCGCAAGCAAUGGCCGUGCCGACAUAAUGGUUGUUCGAAAUCCAAACAGGACAGUUUUUCGAGCAAAAAGGACCGGAAUCGUCAUGAGGGCAUGCACAAUCCUAGCAUCGUUUGCGAGUAUGAUGGAUGUGAGCGGGUAUUUAGCCGUGUUGAUAAUAUGAAAGAUCAUGUGCGGCGGGUUCAUCGGCGCAUUGGGAAGAACCGAUGGGGUUAG